GUAGAGAUAGAAAGAGAGUGUUUAGAGAGAGAGAGAGAAAAAAAAAAAAAAAGAGAGAGAGAGUUCAAUUACUGUGAAAAAAAAAAAAAAAAAAAAAGAGAGAGAGAGUUCAAUUACUGUGAAAGCAUCUCUGCCUCCUCUUGUUCUUCUUCUUCCUUGCGAAUUUCGUUCUUGAUUUUGAUGGAGAUCUCCGAUCAGUUUUAGGACCAUUGUAGAAUCGCCGGAGAUUCUCUGUAGGACGAUCGCUGAUUUUUCUUUUUGUUUUUUUGGGUCCUUUUUUUUGUAAAGUUUGUAAGGUACUGUAGAGGAAAGCUUUCCCGUUCCCGAAGGAAAAAGUAAGAGCCCGUUUCGAUGGACUUGUACGGUCGGAAUCCGGGGCGGAAUGGGUCGCAAUCGGGUCAAGUACCUGAAUGGACUCCUCAGGGAGGUGAAGCCGGGAUUGAAGAAUCUAUGUGGGAAUUGUCACUGAGGAGCGCUGAGUCGUACCCGGAGCGGUCCGGAGUGCCUGACUGUGUGUACUAUAUGAGAACUGGGUUCUGUGGGUACGGUAGUAGGUGCCGGUACAAUCACCCUCGUGAUCGUGCUGCGGUUGAGGCAGCUGUAAGAGCCACGGGGGAUUACCCAGAACGACCAGGGGAACCUGCUUGUCAGUUCUAUUUAAAAACUGGGACCUGUAAAUUUGGUGCAUCUUGUAAGUUUCACCAUCCUAAACAUGGAGUUGGAUCCUUUAGCCAUGCUGCUUUGAAUACAUAUGGACUCCCAUUACGACCGGGUGAGAAAGAAUGCUCCUACUAUUUGAAAACGGGGCAGUGCAAAUUUGGUAUUACGUGUAAAUUCCAUCAUCCUCAACCAGCUGGCACAUCAGUGGCAGCAUCUGCACCUCAAUUUUAUCAGCCGGUGCAGUCUCCAUCAGUUCCUAUACCUGAGCAAUUUGGUGGGCCAUCUACCAGCUUGAGGGUGGCAAGGCCUCAGUUGUUACCUGGUUCAUAUGUUCAAGGGGCUUAUGGUCCUGUGCUGUUUUCUCCAGGAGUGGUUCCUAUUCCUGGUUGGAGUCAUUACUCAGCACCUGUAAGCCCGGUACUGUCUCCUGGUCCGCAGCCUGCUGUUGGUACAUCUGUCUACAAUUUAACACAGUUAUCACCAUCAACACCUUCACUUGCAGGUCCUUAUCCCUCAUUACUUCCUUCUACUGGCCCUUCAAGCAGUAGCCUGAUGGAACAAUCAUUUCCAGAGAGACCUGGUGAACCUGAAUGUCAGUACUAUAUGAGAACUGGUGACUGUAAAUUCAGAGCUUCUUGUAGGUAUCAUCAUCCUCGAGACAGGGUUGUGCCAAGAAUAAACUGUGCUCUCAGCCCAAUGGGGCUCCCUAUACGUCAGGGGGUGCAACCUUGUUCUUUCUACUUGCAAAAUGGGCACUGCAAGUUUGGGGCUACAUGCAAAUUUGAUCAUCCUAUUGGACCAAUGAGAUAUAAUCCAUCUGCCUCAUCUCUAAUUGAUAUGCCUGUUGCUCCCUAUCCAGUUGGGUCUUUGCUUGCUACACUAGCCCCAUCAACCUCAUCUUCUGAGCUGCGGCCUGAACUGAUUUCAGGAUCCAAGAAGGAUUCUUAUUUGAGCAGAAUCCCCACUUCUGGAAGCACCUCUAGCAGUUCAGUUGGCUUGAUCUUUUCACAGACUGGAUCUCCACUUUCUGAUUUGCCACUUUCAGGUCAGGGUUCUGUUUCUUUAAGCAGUAGCAGAAACACAAGACAAGGUGGUGAGGUCCGCCGUUCAAACUGAUGUAAAAUGCAAGAGCCAUUCUUCACAGUCCUGUGGAUUUGCUUUUACCAGCCUUUAUUUAUCGACUGUUAAUAGAUCUCAGUAAAUUAUAGGCAAAUUGUCAACUGUGCAAAGUUUUCUUCUGCAUCAAGGCUUAUCAACCAAACUGGUGCACCUCACAAUAGGAUUGUUCGUCUUUAUGCUAUAUAUAUUGUCCCAUGUUAUGAUAGAUAUUAGCCUCAAUAAGCUUUUGUAGCAUGGUAUGAACGUCCCGUCUUACAAAUAAUUACAUCAGAAAGCAGCUAGAUCAGGUCAGCCUCUGACUUUUCAACCUGAUGAUUUGUAUACUUGCAUUCUUGUGACUCUGCAAUGAAGAGGAUUGCUAGUUCCACAAAGUAUGAGCUGCUGUUUAUGUCAUGCCUUCCUCUCACUUGAUGUCAAGCACUAGUUUACUACCGUCUCUGGCUUCACUUACUCCCAUUUUUGUAGUUGCUAUGCUUAUCCUUUUUCUUAUUUCUGUCGAAGGGACAGGAGUGUUAGUGUUGGUUGCUUCCAUCUCUAAAUUCUAAGCGGAGAAUCUGCAAGGGGAUCUGGGAGAGGUUAUCUCAUUAUAGCCUUAAUUCUUAGAUGGAGACAGGUACUAGAUUUUAGCAUUCUGUUUGUUUGAAAUACAGAAACUUAUUGUAG